GGGAGGGGGCGGGCAGGGCCGAGGGAGGCUAGUGACACGUGUCAAUCAACCCCCCCGCGGGGGGCGCGCGCUCCGGGGCUCGCGCCGAGGGCUCGCGCCCCUGCCUCGUGCCUGCGCCGCUCGUAUGUAAAUGAGGGCGCGUGACGCGGGACGCAGAUGGACAAGGGGAGAGAGAGAAUGGCCGCUGCCGCCGCCGCUGCUGCCGCCGCCGCUCAGUGCCGGAGCCCGCGGUGCGCGGCGGAGAGGAGAGGCUUCCGGCGGGAGCUCGACUCGUGGCGCCACCGCCUCAUGCACUGUGUAGGUUUUGAGAGUAUUUUAGAAGGGCUUUAUGGACCACGGCUACGAAGAGACCUCAGUUUAUUUGAAGACUGUGAACCAGAAGAGCUGACUGACUGGUCUAUGGAUGAAAAAUGUUCAUUUUGUAACCUACAGAGAGAAGCAGUCAGUGAUUGUAUACCGUCUCUUGAUUCUUCACAGUCAACACCAACGGAGGAACUAUCAUCUCAGGGCCAGUCCAACACUGAAAAGAUUGAAUGCCAAGCAGAAAAUUACCUAAAUGCACUCUUUCGAAAGAAAGAUCUUCCUCAGAACUGUGAUCCUAACAUUCCCUUAGUUGCUCAGGAAUUAAUGAAAAAGAUGAUACGUCAGUUUGCAAUUGAGUAUAUUUCAAAAAGUGGUAAAAUUCAAGAAAAUAGAAAUGGUUCAAUUGGACCAAGUCUAAUAUGUAAAAGUAUCCAAAUGAAUCAAGCAGAAAACUCGCUUCAGGAAGAGCAGGAAGGCCCCUUAGACCUCACUGUGAAUCGAAUGCAAGAACAAAAUACUCAGCAAGGGGAUGGAGUGUUAGAUCUCUCUACAAAGAAAACCAGCAUAAAAUCUGAAGAGUCAUCCAUAUGUGAUCCUUCUUCUGAAAAUUCAAUGGCUGGUUCAACUGUUGAUGCAAAAUCAGAGGAAGCUACUAAAAUGGAAAAAGGAAAAUCAGCAUUAAGCAAAGUUUUGGAAUCUUUGUGCAUACGUCACCAGCAACAAGUUUUGGCCAUGUUGAAGUUUCUAGUCCAAGAGCAGAAUGCUGCUUCUCUUUGCUAUUGUAAUACAUCAUAUACUGUGUCUUCAGAAUCUCAAAAGCCCCUAACUGAAGAUGAUUUACAUGGUCUGUUCUGUAGUUGUGAAUAUAGGCUGGCAGAAAGAGGGGGUCUACAAAGUGAAAGGCAAAGCCCUGGUUUUGUGCCUCUGCCAGUCUGUAUUAAAGAUUUACGUUGUUUAACUUGCCAAACUGUAACUAUUGAGCACAUUAAGACAGUGGUGAAUAGAGGAAUUGCCAACAGUUAUAGUUCUCACAGGUGCUGUCCUGGACCGUUACCAAACCUUCCCUCUACAAAAUCGACCUUUCAAGCUCCUCUUUCAUCAAGGGAAGUAUGCGAUGUUUCAGUCCGACUCGAGGGUGUUUGUAGAUCACGAAGUCCGUCACCCCCACCGUUAUCACCUGUACAGACUGAAGGAUUUGAAAAACUGAAAGAUGUCGUCUCGGAGCUUUCAGCCUUAGAAAAUAACAGACUUGAAAUGAACAUUAACCAGCCUCCAUCUCUCAUACCAGCAGAAAUAAACAGUGACAAGGGUGAUCACGAAGGUAAAAUACAAAAAGCUAAGAAAUGCAGUAGCUCUGACUAUUUGCUCCUGGAAGACAGCGAUAAUUGUACUACGAAUCAUGAAAAAGGUGAAACUACUAUGAUUUUUCAAGAUUUAAUGGAUCGUAUUAAUGAAAAAUUAAAAUCGAUAGAAACUACAGAUAUGACAAACCUUAUAAAAUUUUCUAGCAGUGAUUGUACUACAGAUAAUGAUUUAAAAUUGAGAGAUUUAAUAGCCUCACUCUUGCAUAACGCUAAGGCCAGUGAUUACAGUUUUAUGGAAUUGCUGAGCCAACAUGAUAAAAAGGUAGAAAAUAAAAUUAUUCAGACAAGAUUUCGAAAGCGUCAAGAAACCUUAUUUUCAAUGCACAACUCUCCUGAUUCACCCAUGUUUAGAAGACACUCUUUACAAAUAAAAAGAGAACUUGCUAGUCUUGAUGAAAAUUUUGUAAGAAAAAAAUACACUGAAAAAAAUUCAAGGAAGUUGACACGCAAUGAUGAGAUAUUUUCAACAGACAAACAAUUCUAUCAUUGCCAAGGGUCUUUACAAAAUUCUAAAAGCUUGCAAGAUAAUAAUCAUGUAGAAACAUCAUUUUCACCAGAUUGUGCGUUACAAUCAUUGCAACUACCUCUUCAUAGUUUAGAGACUAACUUGGCUUUUGAUGCAUUUUCAGAAAGCUUUAAAACAACUUCCCCUGGGAAAAUGAGCAUAAGAAAAUCACAGGAGAAAUCUGCAGCUGGAAAAAAACUUUUGCAAAAUCACAAGGAGAAUCCAAAACUGGAGAAUACUGAAACGCCUCUGAAGAGUGAUGUUCCUGGACUUCUGAGCAGAACUAAACGAAAUAUUGUGCCCCCAGGGUGGUACUCUAUAUAUGUCACAAAUAAUUAUGUUUUCAAAAAGUCCCCUAAGGCCAAAAAAGUUUCUGAAUCUACAAAAAGAAAAGAUCCAGUAAAAAAUAUUCAAAUUGAAAGCUCACACAAUAUAGAUCUAAGCAAAAUUGCAAUGAAUUCUAACUUACAAGUUGUUGUGGAGCGUUUGGAAGACACGAUAAAUAUGGCCAAAAAGUCUUGGAAUAAUCACUCAUCUGAAGGAUGCAGGGCAUCCAAGAAAUUGAUAGAAAUUGAUGGUAAGGAUGAAAAUGCAGGUAGAAAUAUGACCCUUACUGUAAGCAGAAUGACAUGCAAAGAGCAGAGUUUAUCAAAAUCUGUGGUAGCGGCCGGCAAUAUCAAAAACAGUCAUAUGCCGACAAUAGAUCGGAAUAGCAAAAAACGUGUUAAUCUGGAAAAGUCAUCAAUUUCAGAUACAAGUAGCUUGAUUUCCAGUGUUACAAGUGUGCCAACAAAGUAUGAGGGCUUUGGAAGCUCUUCUUUUUCCAGCUAUUCUAGUCCCAUCAAACUCAUGUUUCUAUCUGAGGUUAAAAGCAGUGAAGGAGUCAAAUAUACUUUAACUUCAGUUGGUACUUCCAAGUCCAGUACUGAUCUUCCUUCUGAAGAAUGUCCAACUCCUCACGUAACUGACAAAAAACCAGAAACCAAUGAGGACGUCCCAAACGCUAACUUGGAAAAUCAUAGUUCUAAUCUUAAUGACUGUGACACUCUUCAGGGAGAACUAAAUAAAUUGAAUUGUGCAAGUGAAACUACAGAAUCCUCUGCAAUGCUUAUAGAUGACAUCAAUAGUGAUAAGCCACAAGACGAACCGAAGGAAAAUCCAAGCUGUGGUAUGGAUUCAUCUUUCAAACGAAAGCCAGGCAGACCUAAAAAAAUAGGUCCCCAGGUUGUGAAGCAAGCUAAGCGGCCAAUUGGAAGACCCCCGAAACCUAAGGCCGAGCAAACAGACAUCACCGUUUGCCAGAAUGAGUCCUCUAGUGCUGGAAAGAAAAGUCCCGAAUCUCUCCUAUCAGAAGUAAAAGAAGGUGUUCAUAAAAAGAGCAUCACCGUCACUGUUAUUUAUGGAAGGUCAAGAAGAGCUAAAAGACAUGUUUCUGAAGGAGCUGUGAACAUCAGCAGCGUUAGGUCUGGCAGCAAUCAGGUUGCUGAUUUUCCAGCUGAGUGUAGUGGCCUCAGAAAUACUAGAGAACCCAAGACUGACUCAGGUGAAAGAAGAAGUGCUGUUUCAAGUUCGACUACUGAAAGCGAGAUCUUGGGGUCUGGCUUUGAACACGUUAGGCCCAUCAAGAACAAGUCUGUGAUACCUCAACCUUCCAAGAACGUUGCUCGGCCGAAUCAGAAGCCUUCUGCAGGAACUAGGAAGCCUGGUCGGCCCGCAAAGGUGAAAAUCUCUGGCAUAUCUGUGACUAUUAACAGAGUUUCACCUCAGGAGAGAGAAGUGAGCAUUAGCAGCUGCCUGCCUCCUUUAGAACAAGAAAAUAUGUUAGAAAAACACGUAGCUGAAGAGAAGCGUGAACACCGGUGCAGUCAGGUGGGUGCAAGGCACGCCGACGCUGGCGCUGACGUAUGUGAGAAUGGAUCCAAAAGUAUGGUUGCCACUGUACCUUUGAGACAUUCUGUUAGGGAUGGAAAACCAUCUCUCCAUUUCUUACAUCCAUUCGCAUCUUCCAGCUCACUUCUUUAUGGAAACGCUCUGCUCCGUAAGUCAUAUAAACUCCAUUUGCAGAAAGGUAAAAGGCAGAAGGAAAGACAUAGGCAGUCAAGGAUAAAAAUAGCUUCGAAAGGUGCCCCGGGAACUAGGAACUCAAGGAAUGCAAAAAUGCGUUUGGAAGAUAACAAAUUAAUACCCAUUUCUGAAGUAUCUUUGGACCCUAUAAUCUCAUCAAACCCCUUGCUCAGGUGGUGGGCUGCUUCUACUUCAAACGAUUCCUUAUUAGAAGAAUUAAACAAUAGAUUUGAGCAAAUAACCAAUGCUUGGGUGCAAGUGAGCGGAGAUGAAGCUGAAAACUGUGUUCAUAAAAAAAGAGAACGCAUCGAAAAUGAUAAUUUCAAAAUAGCCAACCCUUUGGAAACCUGUCUUUUAGAACUUGAAGUUUCACCUGUAAAAAUGCUUUUUCGGAAAAAGUAUGAUUUGAACGAACUCUGUAUCUGGUUCAUGCAAACAACAGAAACACAGUCUCUUUCACUAGUUAGAAAGGCAAAUGCUCGAAACCCUUUGGAAGUAAUAAAUACCAGAGGAAUUAAACUAGGAACCAAAUAUUCUCAUUUUAAUACCAGCCCCUUCCGAAAGCACUUUAAAAAAUUUGCACUAUCUUCUCCUUCAAAAUCAGCAGGGAAGUUGCAUAUACUGCAUAAAAUGGUUAGCUCUCCACUGUUAAAUGUGAAAAGUAAUUUAACAUUAGCUAGAUUAAAAAGAACGGAGUUUAAGAGGUUACAACAUGAAAGGUGGAAAAGAGAGGGGAGGUUGUGCAACCAUGGAACAGUUGAUUGGAUCUCUAAAAGGAGGAACUUGAGGUUUUUCUGCCAGAACCAAUCUUUAAAUAAGACUGAGGGGGGAACAAAUGCUGACACCCCACUCCAAGGAAAAAACACCGUAGAAAAUCAGUUUAUCUUGCCACCUGAGAUCAGGGAUGACUCUCUGCAACAGAAGGUGGCAAUGUCUGACUUGAAAACACAUGCUAGUCGAGAGAAUAAUUUUAAGUCAGAAGCAAAGGAGAAUGGAACAAAUUGCAGCCGAAAAGAUUUCGAAAAGGGACCAAGACUAGGAAAUGUAUGUCCAAAUAAUUGGAAGUCAAAAACCCUAAAAGACUGUAGAAUAUUUUUGAGGAAGAUCAACUAUCUUGAACACAGAAAUGCUUUUAAGCUAAAUACAAUCAUUUACUCUCCUGAAUCUGUUGACAGUGGCGGUAAUCAUCAGACUCGCAUGGAAGAAGCAAAGCGCUUUACCCUAAGAUCCCGUUCUGCUAGGCAAAACUCUUUUAAAAAGCAGUCUAAAGAAAUAGAAAAUGCUAAAACAAAUAGUCCUUCAACCGAUAGAUUUCCUGGCCAACUUGACAAUAGUAAAUUAAAUAAAUGUGUUAACUAUGACAAGAAUCCUGAUAGUUCUGCCGCUCUUAGCAAAUUGAACAAAAGAAAAAGGCCACCAUGGAAGACCACAGAAAUGUCAACAAAAAGACAUAAACGACAGUCUUGCAACAGUGGACAAAUGGCAAACUAUUACUCAAAAUCCCAACUAGCGCGCUGCACAGGAGAGCUGACGAGCGCUUGAAUGUGCCCGAUGGGAGUUCAGCAAGCGGCCCCCUGAGCCCCACUAAGAUGUGCCUUACUCGCCCCACCGAACGGAAUCCGAGUCUGACAGCAGCGUCCCUCGCGAGCUG